CAGGCCGAGCUCGCUGGGCCUUGGCCUCUCCCGAGUCCUGUCCUCGCUGCGCGCGGCGCUCCAGGCAGACCGAGGGACGGGCUGCAUCGGGCCCGGCCGGAGGGGCCCGGGCCCGAUCUCCAAGCCGAGAUCCGCGCGACGCUGCCCCGUCUGACGCUCGGCUCGGCUCGAGGCCUCUUUGUGAGGGACCGGGGGGGGCCGUCCCCAUCCAGGGCGGAGGCCGGAGGCUGCCGGUAGCUGCCAAGCAUGGCACCUGCCUGGGGCCCCGGUGUGGCAUCUGUGGUUGGUCCCAUGGGCCUCCUCGUGGUCCUGCUGGUCGGAGGCUGCGCAGCAGAAGAGCCCCCCAGGUUCAUCAAAGAACCCAAGGACCAGAUCGGUGUGUCGGGGGGUGUGGCCUCCUUCGUGUGUCAGGCCACAGGUGACCCCAAGCCACGGGUGACCUGGAACAAGAAAGGCAAGAAGGUUAAUUCCCAGCGCUUUGAGACAAUCGAGUUUGACCAGAGUGCGGGGGCCGUGCUGAGGAUCCAGCCGCUACGGACACCCCGGGAUGAGAAUGUGUACGAGUGCGUGGCCCAGAACUCCGCUGGGGAGGUCACGGUCCAUGCCAAGCUCACUGUCCUCCGAGAGGACCAGCUGCCCCCCGGUUUCCCCAACAUCGACAUGGGCCCCCAGCUGAAGGUGGUGGAGCGGACACGGACGGCUACUAUGCUCUGUGCUGCCAGUGGCAACCCUGACCCUGAGAUCACCUGGUUCAAGGACUUCUUGCCCGUGGACCCCAGUGCCAGCAACGGGCGCAUAAAGCAGCUGCGGUCAGAAACCUUUGAAAGCACUCCGAUCCGAGGGGCCCUGCAGAUUGAGAGCAGUGAGGAGACGGACCAAGGCAAAUAUGAGUGCGUGGCUACCAACAGUGCCGGCGUGCGCUAUUCCUCACCUGCCAACCUCUACGUGCGAGAGCUUCGAGAAGGUUGGUGUGUUAUCAUGCCAGGUGGCAACGUGAACAUCACCUGUGUGGCCGUGGGCUCACCCAUGCCGUACGUCAAGUGGAUGCAAGGGGCCGAAGACCUGACGCCCGAAGACGACAUGCCCGUGGGUCGGAAUGUGCUGGAGCUCACAGACGUCAAGGACUCCGCCAACUACACGUGCGUGGCCAUGUCCAGCCUGGGCGUCAUCGAGGCCGUGGCCCAGAUCACAGUGAAAUCUCUCCCCAAAGCUCCGGGGACUCCCGUGGUGACCGAGAACACAGCCACCAGCAUCACCAUCACGUGGGACUCAGGCAACCCAGACCCCGUGUCCUACUAUGUCAUUGAAUAUAAAUCCAAGAGCCAGGACGGGCCGUACCAGAUCAAGGAGGACAUCACCACGACUCGUUACAGCAUCGGGGGCCUGAGCCCCAACUCGGAGUAUGAGAUCUGGGUGUCCGCUGUCAACUCCAUCGGCCAGGGGCCCCCCAGUGAGUCGGUGGUCACCCGCACAGGCGAGCAGGCCCCAGCCAGCGCGCCCCGUAACGUGCAGGCCCGUAUGCUGAGCGCCACGACCAUGAUCGUCCAGUGGGAGGAGCCCGUGGAGCCCAACGGCCUGAUCCGCGGCUACCGUAUCUACUACACCAUGGAGCCCGAGCACCCCGUGGGCAACUGGCAGAAACACAACGUGGAUGACAGCCUGCUGACCACCGUGGGCAGCCUGCUGGAGGACGAGACGUACACCGUGCGCGUGCUGGCCUUCACGUCCGUGGGCGACGGGCCCCUCUCGGACCCCAUCCAGGUCAAGACGCAGCAGGGAGUGCCCGGCCAGCCCAUGAACUUCAGGGCCGAGGCCAAGUCGGAGACGAGCAUCGGGCUCUCGUGGAGCCCCCCGCGGCAGGACAGCAUCAUCAAGUACGAGCUCCUGUUCCGGGAGGGCGACCACGGCAGAGAGGUACCGGGGGGCGCCGUUCUCCCCCCUCCAAUAGAACCGUCAGCCCCCCCUCAAGACGUUAAAUGUGUCAGCACGCGCUCCACGGCCAUUUUGGUAAGUUGGCGCCCGCCGCCGCCGGAAACGCACAACGGGGCCCUGGUGAGCUAUAGCGUCCGCUACCGACCGCUGGGCUCGGAGGAUCCGCAACCCAAGGAGGUGAAUGGCAUCCCCCCGACCACCACUCAGAUCCUGCUGGAGGCGCUGGACAAGUGGACCGAGUACCGCAUCACGACUGUCGCUCACACAGAGGUGGGACCAGGGCCCGAGAGCUCGCCCGUGGUCAUCCGCACCGACGAGGACGUGCCCAGCGCGCCGCCGCGGAAGGUGGAGGCGGAGGCGCUCAACGCCACGGCCAUCCGCGUGCUGUGGCGCUCGCCCGCGCCCGGCCGGCAGCACGGCCAGAUCCGCGGCUACCAGGUCCACUACGUACGCAUGGAGGGCGCCGAGGCCCGCGGGCCACCGCGCAUCAAGGACAUCAUGCUGGCCGAUGCCCAGUGGGAGACGGACGACACAGCCGAAUAUGAGAUGGUCAUCGCAAACCUGCAGCCCGAGACCGCCUACUCCAUCACGGUAGCCGCCUACACCAUGAAAGGCGAUGGUGCUCGCAGCAAACCCAAGGUGGUCGUGACCAAGGGAGCAGUGCUGGGCCGCCCCACCCUGUCGGUGCAGCAGACCCCCGAGGGCAGCCUGCUGGCACACUGGGAGCCCCCGGCCGGCACCGCCGAGGACCAGGUGCUGGGCUACCGCCUGCAGUUUGGCCGCGAGGACUCGCCCCUGGCCACGCUGGAGUUCCCCCCAACCGAGGACCACUAUACGGCUUUGGGUGUGCAUAAGGGGGCCACGUACGUGUUUCGGCUGGCGGCCCGGAGCCAAGGAGGCCUGGGCGAGGAGGCGGCCGAGGUCCUGAGCAUCCCCGAGGACACUCCCCGCGGCCACCCGCAGAUCCUCGAGGCAGCCGGCAACGCCUCAGCUGGCACCGUCCUGCUACGCUGGCUGCCACCCGUGCCUGCCGAGCGCAACGGGGCUAUUGUCAAGUACACGGUGGCUGUGCGGGAGGCCGGAGCCUUGGGCCCCGCCCGAGAGACCGAGCUGCCGGCGGCGGCCGAGCCGGGCGCCGAGAAUGUGCUCACGCUACAGGGCCUCAAGCCCGACACGGCGUAUGACCUCCAAGUGCGGGCCCACACGCGCCAGGGCCCUGGCCCCUACAGCCCCCCCGUCCGCUACCGGACAUUCCUGCGGGACCAAGUCUCACCCAAGAACUUCAAGGUGAAAAUGAUCAUGAAGACGUCAGUCCUGCUGAGCUGGGAGUUUCCUGACAGCUACAAGUCACCCACACCCUAUAAGAUCCAGUACAACGGGCUCACGUUGGACGUGGACGGCCGCACCACCAAAAAGCUCAUCACGCACCUGAAGCCCAACACUUUCUACAACUUCGUGUUGACCGGCCGAGGCAGCAGCCUGGGUGGCCUUCAGCAGACGGUCACUGCCUGGACCGCCUUCAACCUUCUCAGUGCCAAGCCCAGCGUGGCGCCCAAGCCCGACUCCGACGGCUUCAUCAUGGUGUAUCUGCCCGACGGCCAGAGCCCCGUGCCUGUCCAGAGCUACUUCAUUGUGAUGGUGCCACUGCGCAAGUCUCGUGGUGGCCAGUUCCUGACCCCUCUGGGCAGCCCGGAAGACAUGGAUCUGGAGGAGCUCAUCCAGGACAUCUCGCGGCUACAGAGGCGCAGCCUGAGGCACUCACGCCAGCUGGAGGCGCCCCGUCCCUACAUCGCGGCUCGCUUCUCCAUGUUGCCGUCCACCUUCCACCCCGGCGACCAGAAGCAGUACGGGGGCUUCGACAACAGGGGCUUGGAGCCCGGCCACCGAUAUGUCCUCUUUGUGCUUGCGGUGCUGCAGAAGAGCGAGCCUACAUUUGCAGCCAGCCCCUUCUCAGAUCCCUUCCAGCUGGAUAACCCAGACCCGCAGCCCAUCGUGGACGGUGAGGAGGGGCUCAUCUGGGUGAUCGGGCCCGUGCUGGCUGUCGUCUUCAUCAUCUGCAUCGUCAUCGCCAUCUUGCUGUACAAGAACAAACCUGACAGUAAACGCAAGGACUCAGAGCCCCGCACCAAAUGCCUCCUGAACAACGCGGACCUCGCCCCCCACCACCCCAAGGACCCCGUGGAAAUGAGACGCAUUAACUUCCAGACGCCAGAUUCGGGCCUCAGCAGCCCCCUCAGGGAGCCGGGGUUUCACUUUGAAAGCAUGCUCAGCCACCCCCCGAUCCCCAUCGCNCAGGCCCCCCAGCACCCCGCCCUGAUCCUCCCCCAUCACCUUCCCCUGCAGUCCAUUGAUCCGGGCCAGCAGUUCACGUGGGAACAUUCCAACCUGGAAGUGAACAAACCCAAGAACCGCUAUGCCAACGUCAUCGCGUACGACCACUCCCGUGUCAUCCUCCAGCCCAUUGAAGGCAUCGUGGGCAGUGAUUACAUCAACGCCAACUACGUGGAUGGCUACCGGCGGCAGAACGCGUACAUUGCCACGCAGGGGCCACUGCCGGAGACCUUUGGCGACUUCUGGCGUAUGGUGUGGGAACAGCGUUCGGCUACCAUCGUCAUGAUGACGCGUCUAGAGGAGAAAUCACGGAUCAAGUGUGAUCAGUACUGGCCCAAUAGGGGCACGGAGACAUAUGGCUUCAUCCAGGUCACGCUGCUAGACACCAUCGAGCUGGCCACGUUCUGUGUCCGGACGUUCUCUUUGCACAAGAACGGCUCCAGUGAGAAACGUGAGGUCCGCCAGUUCCAGUUCACGGCGUGGCCGGACCACGGGGUGCCCGAGUACCCGACGCCGUUCCUGGCUUUCCUGCGGAGGGUGAAGACCUGUAACCCGCCGGAUGCGGGCCCCGUGGUCGUGCACUGCAGUGCCGGCGUGGGCCGCACCGGCUGCUUCAUCGUCAUCGAUGCCAUGCUGGAGCGGAUCAAGCCGGAGAAGACGGUGGACGUGUACGGCCACGUGACGCUCAUGCGGUCCCAGCGCAACUACAUGGUGCAGACCGAGGACCAGUACAGCUUCAUCCACGAGGCCCUGCUGGAGGCCGUGGGCUGCGGCAACACCGAGGUGCCCGCACGCAGCCUGUACGCCUACAUCCAGAAGCUGGCACAGGUGGAGCCCGGCGAGCACGUCACCGGCAUGGAGCUCGAGUUCAAGCGGCUGGCCAACUCCAAAGCCCACACAUCCCGCUUCAUCAGUGCCAAUCUGCCUUGUAACAAGUUCAAGAACCGCUUGGUAAACAUCAUGCCGUACGAGAGCACACGGGUCUGUCUGCAGCCCAUCCGCGGGGUGGAGGGCUCCGACUACAUCAACGCCAGCUUCAUCGACGGCUAUAGGCAGCAGAAGGCCUACAUCGCGACGCAGGGGCCGCUGGCAGAAACCACGGAGGACUUCUGGCGCAUGCUGUGGGAAAACAACUCCACCAUCGUAGUGAUGCUGACCAAGCUGCGGGAGAUGGGACAGGAAAAAUGUCACCAGUACUGGCCCGCCGAGCGCUCCGCCCGCUACCAGUACUUCGUAGUGGACCCGAUGGCAGAAUACAAUAUGCCUCAGUACAUCCUGCGGGAGUUCAAGGUCACGGAUGCCCGGGACGGCCAGUCCCGGACGGUCCGGCAGUUCCAGUUCACGGACUGGCCGGAGCAGGGCGUGCCAAAGUCGGGGGAGGGCUUUAUUGACUUCAUCGGCCAAGUGCACAAGACCAAGGAACAGUUCGGCCAGGACGGCCCCAUCUCCGUCCACUGCAGUGCCGGCGUGGGCAGGACGGGCGUCUUCAUCACGCUCAGCAUCGUGCUGGAGCGCAUGCGGUACGAGGGCGUGGUGGACAUCUUCCAGACCGUGAAGAUGCUGCGUACCCAGAGGCCGGCCAUGGUGCAGACGGAGGACGAGUAUCAGUUCUGUUACCAGGCGGCGCUGGAGUACCUUGGGAGCUUUGACCACUAUGCAACCUAAAGCCAUGGUCACCGCCGGCCAGACGCCACCGGCCCUGAUGCCUCUGCCCCUGCCGGGUGGGCCCCUGGAGGCCUGGACCCCGGCGGCCAGGGCAGGAGGAGGCAGCGGCCACGUGUCUGCACGGUCUGCAGGAGCGAUGUGGCCCCCGAGCCCCCCGUGUGGUGCCCAGCAGCCUCCCGGCACCGGCCGCCGCCUUCCGAUACUUGGCACAUUCCUCAUUUCCUUCCGAUUCCAAACGAGAUUCCUGGGUGGGGGGCGGGGGGGCAGUGAGCAAACAGGGGUUCUCCCUGGAACCAGAGGAGGGUGGGGCCGUGCACUUGAGCCCUGGCCCUCCCCCCGGGGGAGCCCUCCUGCCCUGCAGGCUGGGGGCGCCGCCGGGCCGGGGGGGUGCAAAAUUCAGCUUUCUUUUCAGACUCCGUGUAACUGUAUCCAGUGACAUUUCUUUUUUUAAAUAGUGUAUUUUUUUUCAUUUUUUUUUAAA